CCCCAUAUAUAUAUCCCUUCUCCGCCCGCCCAGGCCUAUUUUUCUUCCCUGUGCGACCCCUCCUCCACCAUAAGUCCACAACCAUCAUUCUCAGGCGACCCGUCACACCCAGGAGGCCGGAAAGCUGACGUGCGACGCAGCCGGUCGUUCCGCCCAACUUUCAAGCCCCAGCUCUCUCACUCUCGAGACACAACCGCCGCACACCGCCAGGCGCUUCAUAGAUAUUAUUGCAGAUAGGAGAUCUAGUCAAAAACUGUAGUACUUGAAGGGUAUUUCUUGAAAUAACCCGAUGGGGACAGGGGAACAGAGCAGACCUCCGAAGCCUUCCAAACCAGCUUCUUCAUCUCAGGAAAUACCAACACCACCUUAUCCUGAUUGGUCGAGCUUUAUGCAGGUUUAUCAUGGUCCUGGAGCUAUGCCACCUCCAUUAUUUGCCUCAACGGUUGCUUCUCCAACUCCUCACCCUUAUUUAUGGGGAAGCCAGCACCUGUUGAUCCCACCGUAUGGGAUGCCAGUUCCAUACCCUGGUUUAUAUCCUCCAUGGGGAGUUUAUGCUCAUCCUAAUAUGACCACGACUCCAAACCCAAUACAGAUCAAUGCAGAGUUGGAAAGGAAGGGUCCCUAUGGAAAGGACCGAGCGUCUGCUAAAAAUUCCAAGGCAACUUCUGGAAGUUUAGGCAAGGCUAAAGAGAGUUUGAAAGCAACUUCAGGUUUUGGAAAUGAUGGCGCUUCACAAAGUGCUGAAAGUGGUACCAAGGGUACAUCAGAUGCAAGUGAUGAGAAUAAUGACCAAAAGUUUUGGACUUUUGCUGGAAGUAAGAAGGGAAUUUUUCACCAGAUGCUUGCAGAUGGAGCCAAUGCACAAAGCGACAAUGAUGGGGCCAUUGUUGAAGCUUCAGUACUUGGGAAGCAUGUCUCUAUGUCUGAAACUAAUUUGAAUAUUGGAAUGGACUUAUGGAAUGCUUCCGCUGGUGGUGCUGGAGUUGCCAAAGUGAGACAAAAUCUAUAUGGUGCCUCAUUAGCACACAUGAUUGGAUCUAAAGGCAUAAUGCCUGAGCAAUGGAUUCAGAUUCCAAAUGACAAUGCUUCGGUCCUUAAAGUUGUCCCUCAAAUUGAUGGAAAUGAAACUGUAUGUGAUUUAGAGUUGGAUGAUAAGGAGGACAAUGACUUGCACUACGAUCAAAAUGUUAAAGAACCCAAGUAUGGAAUGAGGUUUAGUUCCGAACAAGAACUUUCCUUGUAUUAUAAGCAGUAUGCUUGGCAAGCGGGUUUUGGGGUGAUACAUAAAGGAAUUAAAAAGAAACUAGGUGGGAGUGCAAAAUUCCUCACCCUUGCAUGUACUCGUUAUGGCAAGACGAAAACCAAGGCAAGCAAUAUUGGUAAGCCAAAUCCAACAAAGAAAACGGGGUGUAAGGCCAAGAUCAAUGCGCAGCUAGUUGAUGGGGCAUGGUUUUUGACUGCUGUUGAGGUUGACCAUAAUCAUGCUUUAUGUCCAUUCACUAUGAGGAAGAAAUUUAACUCUAUUGUUGUUGAACCUGAGUGGCAUUGGCAUUUUUCAUUUAUAAAGGAAGAUGACCAUAGUUUUAUUGACAAUGCAAGACAUCUUCGGCUCGGCAAAGGAGACGUUAAAGUAUUUUGGGACUAUUUCACUAGAAUGCGAGAAAUGAAUGAAGGAUUCUAUGCUGUAAUGGAUUGGGAUGAUGAAUCAAGGUUGAGAAAUUUGUUUUGGGCUGAUGCACGAAGUAGGGCAGCGUAUGAGUAUUUUGGGGAUGUCAUUAUGGUUGACAUGGCAUACUUAACUAAUAGAUAUGGAAUGCCAUUUGUUUCUUUUGUUGGAGUGAAUCAUCACGGUCAAUCAAUACUUUUGGGGGCGGGAUUACUAUCAAGUAAGGAUAAAGAGACAUUUGUUUGGUUGUUUGAAACGUGGUUGACAUGCAUGAACGGUCGAGCUCCAAGUGCAAUUAUAACAGAUCAAGAUAGGGCUAUGAAAAGUGCAAUUUCAAGAGUUUUUCCUGGAGCCCGACAUCGAUUUUGUCUAUGGCACAUUAUGAGAAAAUUAUCGAAAAAACUUGGAUCACAUGCUCAAUACACUUGUGGCUUGAAGAAUGCCAUAGAAACUUGUCUGUAUGAUUCUCAAACGUGUGCUGAUUUCGAUGAGAGUUGGGAAAGCCUACUUGAGAGUUAUAAUCUUCAGGAUAAUGCAUGGUUGCGUGGGUUAUAUAGUGAGCGAACUCAUUGGGUACCAGCAUAUGUGAAAGAUACAUUUUGGGCUGGAAUGAGUACUACACAACAGAGUGAAAGUAUUAAUGCAUUUUUUGAUAGUGAUGUGCACUCGGCGAGCACGUUGAAAGAAUUUUUUGACCAGUUUGAUAAUACUUUGAGAAGAAAGGUUUUGAAUGAGAGAGAAGCCGAUUUCAAUUCUUUUAAAUGCAUCAUUCCAUGUAUAUCUGAUUACUCAAUUGUGAAGAAAUUUCAUGAUAUUUACACCAAAGCAAAGUUCAAAGAAUUCCAUGAGGAGUUUAAGUGCAUGAUGUAUUGUAAUUGCUCUCUUCUUAAAAGUGAAGGUGCAAUUUCCACCUAUGAAGUGUCUUAUCGUGAUUGUAUAAAAGAUGUAAGAUUCUGUGUUUACUUCAAUGAAGAGGAACGUGAAGUGAAAUGCAGUUGUGGGUUGUUUGCAUUUAGAGGAAUCUUGUGUAGCCAUGCCCUUAAAGCAUUAUUGAUGGUAAGGGAUGCAACGUAUUUUCAAUCAUUGCCAACAAAAUAUAUUCUUGACCGAUGGAGGAAAGACUUGAAGCGAACAAAAUAUGAUGAUUUGAGCGGCAACCUUGAUGUACAAAGAUUUGACAACAUGUUGGAAUCUUUUUUAAAGUAUGCAUCGAUGACAGCAACAAGCGAGGACCAUUGCAUGGAUGUCAUGCAUUAUCCAUAUAUGUUAAAUGUGAAUUCUUGUGGCUUAAGGUGUGAACCCAAUUCACCUUCCCAUCACAUUCCAAGUGCAUCUUCAAUGUGCAGUGAAGCCGUUGAUGGUGUGGUGGUGAAAAGUAAUGAGUUGAUUAGUCCUCUUGUGGUUCAAAAGAAAGGAAGCCUACCAUCAAAAAUAGAGGUGCCUAUAGUAGAAAAAGUGGUGAAGAGGUUACAAGCAAAAACGAAACAACCAAGUGACAACAAUGCCAAACAUAAGAGAAGAAAAAAUCAGACUUGCCAAGCAACGCAAAAAGGUGAAGUGAACACAAGUGAAGCUCUAUUGCCUUCGGUAACUGAUGCUAAGCAUGGUUAUAUAAUUGGAACUCAAGAUAAUGCAAUUACUUGGGGUUCUUAAGAAAUUACAGAGUUGAUUGUAAAGCCGGGAGGGAGAAGUUGGCAUCAGUACCUGUUGGUGGUGGUACUAUUGAUUAUGAUAUGGGUUUGAGCCUCUUUGACUACUAAGCGAUUGAGCUUGUUGGUUUGUUUGUAUGGGGGCUCUUUUAUUUUCAGCUAGUAGUUUUAGUAGUUGUUACAAGAUUUUGAGUCUUUAGUUGGCUGAUUGUGGUGUAUGGUUCUUGUAAGUGUGUUGAACAUUUGGAAUGGUGCAUGGUUUUUUUACAGUGAUUUGAACUUCAUAAGCAAUUGCUUGGAAGUACUCCAGGCCCAAGCUGAGGUGGCUCUGUGUUUUGUAAUGUUUUUUUUUUGUCUCUCUGUAUAGGCUUGUAAACUUAGUUGUUAAUGAUAUUUUUUCCUUUUGUGUUGCAUGGUGAAGCUGGACUGGUGAUGUUAAGUCUGUCUAUGGCAACCUUUUCUAGUCUUGGAGCUGGAAGGACUGGUGCCAUUUGACUUUGGAUGCUUAUUCACUUGGAUUAUUGAUACACAAACAUUUUUGUACUAUGUCCAAAUCAUUUCACUAUGAAAUCUAUUCUUGA